AUGGCCUUGGGCUUCCCGCAGCUGCUCUCCCUGCGCCUGCUCACCCCUCGCUCGCCUCUGAGGACCGGGGCGGCGGCAGCGGCGGCGGCGGCGGCAGCGGCAGGGGCAGGCGAAGACGACGAGGAAGACGAGGAAGGGGACGAAGGCGGUGGCCCCCGCGCCGGGGACGAGAGGAAAGCGGGGCUCGCCGGCGGCGACCCGGAGCAGGGCUCGCUGGCCCUGGGAGCCGGCGCGGACAAAGAAGGCGCUCUGCUCCUGGAAGGCGGCGGCAAGGAGGACGGCGGCCGGAGGUCGGCGCAGGGCAUCGGGCUGCUCGCCAAGACCCCGCUGAGCCGGCCCGUCAAGAGGAACAACGUCAAGUACAGGAAGAUGCAAACUUUGAUCUACGACGCGCUGGAGAGGCCCCGGGGCUGGGCGCUGCUCUAUCACGCCUUCGUGUUUCUGAUAGUCUUGGGAUGCUUGAUUUUGGCUGUCCUGACAACGUUCAAGGAAUAUGAAACUGCUUCAGGAAAUUGGUUACUGCUGUUGGAAACCUUUGCCAUUUUCAUCUUUGGAGCAGAGUUUGCCUUAAGGAUCUGGGCUGCAGGCUGCUGCUGUCGAUACAAAGGAUGGCGAGGGAGGCUGAAGUUUGCCAGGAAACCAUUGUGUAUGUUGGAUAUCUUCGUACUGAUCGCCUCUGUGCCAGUGGUGGCUGUUGGCAACCAAGGCAAUGUUCUGGCGACAUCCCUGAGAAGUCUCCGUUUCCUUCAGAUCCUGCGGAUGCUGCGGAUGGACAGGAGAGGGGGCACCUGGAAACUUCUGGGAUCGGCCAUUUGUGCACACAGCAAAGAACUCAUCACUGCCUGGUACAUUGGGUUCCUGACACUGAUCCUCUCCUCCUUCUUGGUUUACCUGGUGGAGAAGGACGUGCCUGAAAAGAAUGAAGAAGGGAAGGAGACAAAAGAAUUUGAGACCUAUGCUGAUGCCCUUUGGUGGGGACUGAUUACACUAGCAACUAUUGGCUAUGGUGACAAAACCCCCAAAACAUGGGAGGGACGCCUCAUAGCAGCGACGUUCUCUCUCAUUGGAGUGUCAUUUUUUGCCCUCCCAGCAGGUAUUUUGGGAUCAGGACUGGCUCUGAAAGUACAGGAGCAACAUCGCCAAAAGCACUUUGAGAAAAGAAGAAAGCCUGCAGCCGAACUCAUACAGGCUGCCUGGAGGUACUAUGCUACCAAUCCCAAUAGGAUGGACCUUGUUGCCACUUGGAGAUUUUAUGAAUCAGUUGUAUCUUUCCCAUACUUCAGGCAAGUCUGUUGCUUUGAGCAGUUCUCAGUAUAA